GCAACGACAGUGUUAGAGAGUGGGGUCCUUUCUCUUAGUAGGAGUUAAAGGAAAUGUUUCUGCCACGAAUAAAGAAGGAAUAUGGCUGUUUAAUCUGAACAACAAACACAACCCGUUGUCUAAAACUUAAGUUUACCAUCAGAAUAUUUCCCAACAUACCGCUGUCUCCUUGUCUGUCCUCCAGCCUGCUGUCAUUUCUCUCAUGAGCAGCCAGCGCUGACCUUUUGCCAGGAUGGAGGUGGCCCUCUCUGCCCCGCAGAUACUGUCAGAGCCCCUCAGGAGGGGGACCCCUCUGCCUCUGAGCCAGCUGGUGGAGGAUAGCAGGAGCAGAGCCAGCGUUCCAAAUCAUCUACUGGAAUCAAAAAUCUAUGCCAAACUGAAAAGCAACACUCUGAUCCAAGCGGAGCCUCCUGAGCUUCACUUCAGUGGGUUUGAGCUGGGGAAGGAUUACACAAAGAUCCUGAAACUAAUCAACAUCUCAUCUGAAGUCAUGAAUAUUGAUAUCAUUCCCACCCAAACCAAGCACUUCCAAACAGCUUAUAUCAAAAAGUAUCGACUCAUCCCGGGUCUCGCCUACACAGUGAAGGUCAGGUUCUGUCCCGACGAGUGGCGUUACUUCUACGACUGCGUACGGGUUCACUGCAAGGGGGAAGAGAACCUGUUAAUUCCAGUUCAUGCUUACCCUGUCAUCGAUGACCUGCACAUCCCCUCUCAUAUCGACCUAUCAGCCGUACCACUUGGACAGAGUGUUUGCCAUGUUAUUCCUCUGAGAUGCAGCUGCCCCGUUGACUUUAAGUUUCAGGUGCAUGUUAUUCAGCCACAUGACGCUUUCUCCAUCUAUCCCCUUACAGGUGUGAUACCAGCCAAUGGUGAGGAGAAGAUCACUGUGACCUUUAGUCCUUUCCAAUAUGAGACGUCUCAGGUCACCAUCCAGCUGAUCAUCUCCCAGUUCAACACCAAACCCUACCUCUGCACCAUCACUGGGAGCUCCGCCCCUCAUGUAGCCUUCAGUGAGCUGGGAAGAAAGUCGAGUUGUGGAGUGUUGCCUCGAAGUAAAACCAAAUACAGGUCAACCAAAGAGGCCGACAAGUCGAAGAUAUUGAGAGAUCAGGCUACUGUUACGCCUGGACUGAAGCCUCUGGUAGAUGUCUGCACCCCAGCAGGAGUGGCGAAGAUGCUGAUCAAAGACGCCGAUAAACUCAGCUCCAAAGACCUGAGGGAAGCCAUAUCCUAUGGCAGCACGGAUGGUCUGCAAAACCGUCAGAUGAAGGAAGCCCUCUUCAUGAAAAAGAUUCAACAGAAUGUAAAGGAGGAGCAAGCCAACCACCUCAGAUGGCAAGUUCAUGUUGGUAAGGACCCUGUGUCGGAGCACACCAGGAGGCAGAUAGCAGAGGAGAGAGAGAUUGCGCUACAUGAAUACAUGGUCAAACAGGGAGGCGUAAGACACGAGGGAGACUUUGCUGCUGGACAACCUAAACUCUACUCCAGACGAGUGCUUUGUGAGGCAGGACAGGCCCACGAGGGAGCCCCAUCCUUCCAGUUCUACUCCAGUUUUCAGUGGGAGCUGAAACAAAGAGCCCUCAAACUGUUCCAGCAGGCAGCACGCAAGAUGGUGAUCCGAUGUCGCAUGAACCGGAGACUGACCUGUAUGAAGAAACAGUUUGAAGACAGUAUGAAGAACUUGCCCUUGGCAAAGAAAGUCGAAGAGGACACGAGUUUUGAUCUGAAGAUCUCACCAGACAGAGUCUUUCCAUUUGCUUUUCCUGUCUUCUCUGCUGAAGAUGACCCACUGGCUCGCAGUAAUUUGGUCACAGUGCCUGUGGAUCCUAUUGAUGUGACUGUGACAACACAUAUUCCUUUCUUCAAGCUUCAAGUUCCCCAGCACUAUAAGCUUAUGGGCUACCAUCCUGUGUCAGCCUGGGAAGCGUUUAACUCCUAUAUCCCCACCACACUGGCCAGACCACUUCGCACUGGAGCUCCGGACGAGCCGGUGCAGUCUCUCACAACAGCGGAGCCCAAAGCACGGGAGGAACAGCAGCAUGACAACAAAGAAGAGGACGUGGAGGCUGCCUGUCUCUCGUUCAGCGCCCCUGAAGCUCUGCUCACACCUUUUCCAGUAAACCCACUCAGAAUCUUUAACCCAGCUCCAGGCCUGCAGAGCUACAAACCCACCCCUAAAUACCUGGAGAGUGACCUGGAGUUCCACCUCUGCCCUCUGCCCAGGUACGCAAUCCCUGAGAGUGGAGGGACACACACUCCACACACUCAGAAGAAGUUUCUGGAUCGUAAGGAAGUGAUCCCCGGGGUCAUGACAUGGAAGGAAUUUGAUUCGAUUACCUGGAAGUGUCUGUCCAACCAGCCGGCUCUCCCCAGUGACUGUGCGCUGCGCAGGUCUGUGGACUACAGCACAGAUACACUUCCACUCACAGCACCUCCUCCUCCUCUCAGCGGCCCUCCCGAUGAUCUGCCACCACUAAUGGACAAACCGUGUGAAAGCUCAGGAGUCCAGCUAACACCAGAGAUUAUCAGAGCAGAGUUCUUGUCUGAGAGAGCUCUGGUCUCCAAUAGCAACCUCACCAGAGGAAUGACGGUCAGGCACCAGAGGGAGCUUCAGACAGAGGCAUCCUACAGGUCUGAGUUUAACCAGAUGGGAAGAAGUGUGAUAACCAGACUGAAGAGCCUUGGAGUCUCGGACAGAACUUCACCAGGAGAGUAGUGUGAAGAGAAAAACAUCCCCCACACACUUCUAGCAACGCACAAAAACCUCCAAAAAUGCACUCACACGCAGAUGAAUAAACACAAUCGCAGGACUACAAACAACACCCAUCCCACUCGCCUAUACGAGACUCUGCAUCGCCUGUUUUGCCACGUCUGUAAAAUAAAACCUGGUUACUUUCUCGCCCACGUGUAAGCCUCCCUCCCACCUACUCAAAAUUACCAGUAAGCUCUCCUCCUGUGCUCUUACAAAGCCUGCAAAUUCGUUAUCCCUCCACCCACACACAUCCAUAUAUAAGCUACAUCACAUUACUGACAACAGCUUUCAGAUACAAAUUCUGCAUCUCUAUGCUGUAGUUCAUAGUGUUGUAGAAACACUCAUUACUCAUUACUAUUAAACUGUAUUGUAUUGCAAGCAUACUUGAUCUCUGGUGACAGUUAAAUGUGAUUGACCCUUUUUGAUUUGAAUGCAUUUGAA